AAUGAGAUUGAAGGAAUCAUCCGUGGAGCGCCGAGACAGGAUUGUGUCGAGGCACAGAUCUGGGAGAGUGGCCAGACGGAAGCCACUCUUCAGUAAGAGGCACAUGACAACCCGCUUGGAGUUGGCCAAAAGGCACCUAAAUAUUCUCAGACCAUGAGAAACAAGCAUCUCUGGUCUGAUGAAACCAAGCUGGAACUCUUUGGUCUGAAUGCCAAGCAUCACGUCUGGAAGAAACCUGGCACCAUCCCUAUGGUGAAGCAUGGUGGUGGGAGAAUCAUGCUGUGGGGAUGUUUUUCAGUGGCCCAGCGAGAGCCCUGAGUUGAACCUGAUGUAACAUCUCUGGAGAGACAUUAGAUCAGGAUGUGUCCCUGAGUGGCUACAAGGGACAUUGCUGCGCAAUGGGCCUGGUCUCUUUAAAGUGGGAGACACUGAAUACAACCACUGGUUUGAUGGCAUGGCUUUAAUUCAUAGUUUCACCUUCAAAGAUGCACUGCGAAUCUUUGUGUUGUACAGGUGAGGUGUACUACAGGAGUAAAUUCCUGAGGAGUGACACCUUCAAGAAAAACACUCAGGCAAACAAGAUUGUUGUUUCAGAAUUUGGGACAAUGAUCUAUCCCGAUCCCUGCAAAAACAUAUUUUCAAAAGCCUUCUCCUACCUUCUCGCUGCCAUCCCUGACUUCACAGAUAACAACCUGAUAAACAUCAUUAGAUAUGGGGAGGACUACUAUGCCUCAUCAGAAGUCAACUACAUGAAUCAAAUUGACCCAAUUACCCUUGACGUAAUUGGAAAGAUGAACUACAGGAAUCACAUUGCUCUGAACUUGGCGACUGCACACCCUCACUACGACGAUGAGGGAAACACCUAUAACAUGGGAACUGCCCUCAUGAGGUUUGGCAUGCCCAACUAUGUCAUCUUCAAGGUUCCAGUAAAUGCAUCAGAUAAGGAGCAUAAGAAGCCUGCCCUGCGGAAGGUGAAGCAGGUCUGCAAUAUACCGUUUCGCUCUACCCUCUUCCCCAGCUACUUCCACAGCUUCGGCAUGACAGAGAAUUACAUCAUCUUUGUCGAGCAGCCAUUCAAACUGGACAUCCUCAGACUGGCCACAGCUAUAUUUAGAAGAGUCAACUGGGCCAGCUGCCUCAAAUACGACAAAGAGGACAUUACUCUGAUCCACCUGGUCGACAAGAAGACUGGGAAGGCUGUGUCCACCAAGUUCUACACAGAUGCCCUGGUAGUUUUCCACCAUAUCAACGCCUUCGAGGACGACGGCCAUGUAGUGUUUGACAUGGUCACCUACAAAGACAGCAAUCUGUAUGAAAUGUUCUACUUAGCGAACAUGAGAAAGGAAACACAUGAAUUCAUUGAGACCAACAAGGUCAACUUCUCCCCACCAAUCUGCCAGAGAUUUGUCUUGCCUCUCCCUGUUGCCAAGGAUACUCCAAAUGGAACAAAUCUGGUGAGGCUCAAAGACACAACAGCCAAAGCAGUGAUGCAGAGAGAUGGCUCGCUGUAUUGCCUGCCUGAAACAAUAUUUGAAGGUUUGGAGUUGCCAGGGAUGAACUACAAAUUCAAUGGCAAGAAGUACCGUUAUUUCUAUGGCUCAAGAGUGGAGUGGACUCCACACCCAAAUAAGAUUGGAAAGGUGGACAUCGUGACCAGAAAGUACAUUGAGUGGACAGAGGAGGACUGCUACCCCUCUGAGCCUGUGUUUGUUGCUUCACCAGGAGCUGUGGAGGAGGAUGACGGAGUAAUUUUGUCCUCCGUCGUCUCACUCAAUCCAAAGAUAUCCCCCUUCAUGCUUGUCCUUAAUGCCAAAACCUUUGAGGUAAUUGCUCGUGCCUCAAUUGACGCCAGCAUUCACAUGGAUCUGCAUGGACACUUCAUUCCCACACAGAGCACCAACUGACAUAGCCAGCAGAGGGCAGGAUUGUACCUUAACAUUGUAGAGGGCAAAUUAUUGUUCCCAACCAUGGAAAGUCGAUGUCCGUGCCCCCAUGGAAAUACAAUGAGCAUAUUAAACAAAAAUUCCCAUUAAAAUCAUUCUGUUUAAAGUUGAGAUCUGUUUUGCGUGGGCUGCGUCUCAAUCCACCACAUCCGCUGAUGACGGCCUUCCGCAUCUGCGGUAGGAGGCAGAGCUUCAAGAUCAUGUCUAGAUGAGAUACAGAUUGUCAAAUUGACAUCUACGGUGAUUAUUUUAGCAUUUUAGCUAACACUAACCCCUCUCCUAACCUGCUACUUUAAUUAUCCUAACCUACUGUAUAAGUUCUAAACCUGAUACGAAAAGUGUUUUUCCAUGUAUGAAUCUGUUAUUCAAUGUGUUUCUAAAGGCUAAUAGCAGUAAGAACAAAUUCAAUGUUUUAUUAAAAAAAUUGUAUACCUACAGGGGUCUUAAAAUGCUAAAUCAAAUAGCUAAAUGAUCCUUGGUAUGACCAUCUUGAAACAAUUCCACAUAGCUUAGUAGAGAACUAGCCCCAGGCCCUUCAAUUACUAGUCUACCUCUCCAAUCGUAUUUGCUCAAAUGUUGCAGAAUUUAUGUUUACAGAACGUCUACCACAAAGUGUCUUUUAAAUCCUAUUUUUAGACAGAGAACGACAACCUCUAUUUUUGUAAAUCAGGAUGUAUACAAUAUAGUUUUGUAUGUUAAAAGGGUUUAUAAUGUAUCCAUUCUGUCUAUCCUGGUCACCCUAUUGUAAAUUAUAUUGUUUUUCUGUACAACAGGUAAAUAAGGAAAACAAUAGUGUGCUGCAAAUCAGUUGUGGCAUUGCUAUCACCAUUACUUCUCUCAAAAGUGAGUACUUAAAGCACUUUCUGCGCACAUAAUUACCUCGUUCAACAUUAUGAUUAAUACCAUGAGUCACUACAAUGUACUUACAUUAGGUUUGUAAAUAUCCAUUAGAAUACUGUGUUUAGUAAAUAAUUUUAUUUAAUUCACUCAUAAAAAAACAUGUAUACUUUUAUUUAGUACAUUCUAGAGGAAGACUGAAACAAGACAUUAAUGCUCUAAAGUUAGAAUGAAAUUUGACAAUUUGUUGUGCAUUAAAUGCCAAGUUAUUGUUUGUUAAUGUUUUGAGUGUUUGUCUGAGUUUGAUUCUGAAAUCAUUCUGUGACUUUGCUUAAAAUGGAUCCCCUGAUAUCUGUAAAUGUGCACUUGAACUAUUUGUCUUAAAGUCUGACCAUGUCAUCACCUUAUAAUUAAUAACGGCUAAAAUGAGCAUAUUGCUUACAACUACAGUAAUACAAAUGUAUAUUUCUUUGUGUAAUAUAGUCCAACAACAUGGCUGUGCCAGUAAACUACAUGUUUGCUUGCUAACAAAUAAAAACUAGAGGGAAAAAA